AUGUAUAGAACACAUGUCCCUGUCUCCUGCUGUACCAACCCAGCCCUGUGUCUCUGUGCCAACCCAGCCCUGUGUCUCUGCUGUGCCAACCCAGCCCUGUGUCUCUGUGCCAACUCAGCCCUGUGUUUCCUACUGUGCCAACCCAGCCCUGUGUCUCUGCUCCUGCUGUGCCAACCCAGCCCUGUGUCUCUGUGCCAACCCAGCCCUGUCUCCUGCUGUGCCAACCCAGCCCUGUGUCUCUGUGCCAACUCAGCCAUGUGUAUCUGUGCCAACCCAGCCCUGUGUCUCUACUCCUGCUGUGCCAACCCAGCCCUGUGUCUCUGUGCCAAUGCAGCCCUGUGUCUCUGUGCCAACCCAGCCCUGUGUUUACUACUGUGCCAACCCAGCCCUGUGUCUCUGUGCCAACCCAGCCCUGUAUAUCUGCUGUGCCAACCCAGCCCUGUGUCUCUGUGCCAACCCAGCCCUGUCUCCUGCUGUGCCAACCCAGCCCUGUGUCUCUGUGCCAACCCAGCCCUGUGUCUCUGCUGUGCCAACCCAGCCCUGUGUCUCUGUGCCAACCCAGCCCUGUGUUUCCUACUGUGCCAACCCAGCCCUGUGUCUCUGCUCCUGCUGUGCCAACCCAGCCCUGUGUCUCUGUGCUGUGUGACCCUGUGUCUCUGCUGUGCCAACCCAGCCCUGUGUCUCUGUGCCAACUCAGCCCUGUGUUUCCUACUGUGCCAACCCAGCCCUGUGUCUCUGCUCCUGCUGUGCCAACCCAGCCCUGUGUCUCUGUGCCAACCCAGCCCUGUCUCCUGCUGUGCCAACCCAGCCCUGUGUCUCUGUGCCAACUCAGCCAUGUGUAUCUGUGCCAACCCAGCCCUGUGUCUCUACUCCUGCUGUGCCAACCCAGCCCUGUGUCUCUGUGCCAAUGCAGCCCUGUGUCUCUGUGCCAACCCAGCCCUGUGUUUACUACUGUGCCAACCCAGCCCUGUGUCUCUGUGCCAACCCAGCCCUGUAUAUCUGCUGUGCCAACCCAGCCCUGUGUCUCUGUGCCAACCCAGCCCUGUCUCCUGCUGUGCCAACCCAGCCCUGUGUCUCUGUGCCAACCCAGCCCUGUGUCUCUGCUGUGCCAACCCAGCCCUGUGUCUCUGUGCCAACCCAGCCCUGUGUUUCCUACUGUGCCAACCCAGCCCUGUGUCUCUGCUCCUGCUGUGCCAACCCAGCCCUGUGUCUCUGUGCCAACCCAGCCCUGUCUCCUGCUGUGCCAACCCAGCCCUGUGUCUCUGUGCCAACUCAGCCAUGUGUAUCUGUGCCAACCCAGCCCUGUGUCUCUACUCCUGCUGUGCCAACCCAGCCCUGUGUCUCUGUGCCAACGCAGCCCUGUGUCUCUGUGCCAACCCAGCCCUGUGUUUACUACUGUGCCAACCCAGCCCUGUGUCUCUGUGCCAACCCAGCCCUGUAUAUCUGCUGUGCCAACCCAGCCCUGUGUCUCUGUGCCAACCCAGCCCUGUGUCUCUGCUCCUGCUGUGCCAACCCAGUCCUGUGUCUCUGCUCCUGCUGUGCCAACCCAGGCCCGUGGUCAGGGUAACUCUUUUGCUGACCAGCAGUAAAUACUUGGUGACCUUUGGUGCUGAUCCCAGUGCUGGCCAGUGCUGA